AGCAAUGAAAGACAGCAUACAGACAGAGAACAAGGAAAGACAGGAUACAGACAGAGAACAAGGAAAGACAGCAUACAGACAGAGAACAAUGAAAGACAGCAUACAGACAGAGAACAAGGAAAGACAGCAUACAGACAGAGAACAAGGAAAGACA